AUGGGCAACUCUUCGUCUUCCUCAUCAAAUCCCUCUGAAGAAGCCAAGGACAAGAAGACGCUAUAUGAGCGCUUCCAAGCCGGUAAAAAGAGUGUACCGCUCAGCGAUGAAGAUAUACAAAAGUACACGGGCAAGACUCGCGAUGAGCUGAGCACAUGGGCUGAUACUCAACCCGGCAUCGGAAAGAAUCAACUUGCGGGUAGCGUAACAGCUGGACCGAUUUCUGGACUUGGAGGAGUUGCCAUGGCCGACGGCCUUGGGGGCUGGGGACCGAGUGCACAUCCGAAUGAUAAGAACAGAGGAAUGAAGUUCCCUCCUACGAGGGAGAAUGAAGCCGAGGACACUACCGAGGACACUACCGAGGUGACAGAGGUGGUAGAGGAUAAGAAGUGA